CUGCCAUUCAUAUAAAGGCUAGUUCCAGCUUUGUUCUUUUUCAGUCCGUUUGAAUAUCUGUUGACUGUUAACUCCAGUGCAGCUGAAGACGGAGGUACGAGUAAGGGCAGGGAAUUAACCAAACCGCAGAACGAAGGACGCGAACGGCACGUACUUAUUGCAUCGACCUGAACGCCAACGGUUGGGUUAAAUAUUAAGGGCAGUGUUAAAGAAUGCUGUGGAGGCGUCUUCUUUUCGCUCUCCAACUGGUUGGCUUAAGUAGGUUUCAAGUCAAUGGAGAGGAUACAUAUUACUCGAUGGACGAUGGCGGGAGUUGCUGGAGGAAGAACGCCAAGUAUAAAGCACUGUCGUCUGCGUCAACUGUGGAAAUGUACGCGUGGGGUCCUGGCGGCACGAGCAGCGGCGUCGUAGGGGAUCCGACAAGCUGUCGUUUUCUUUUCAAGGCGCAGGAUUUGGAUCAUGUUCUCACUGUAGACUUCAAAUCAGGCUUCUUCUGGAGCAACAGAAGUGAUUCCUAUUUAGUCUUUUACGACGGCGACCAAAGCAGUCAUGAAAUGUUGCGUUUAUCUUCCAAAUCAUCGACACCUAAGAUGUCAUACAGUACCAACAGUCGAUUUCUAUCUGUUCGCAUGAUAGCGGGCAGUAGGAGCAGCAUAGAUUUUCACUUUAAAAUAGUCGCAACACUGCGGAUAGAGGAGAAAGUUAAAAUGAUGACGCGUGACCCAGACCUGGCUUAUUAUCAUCGCUCCAUGGACGAUAGUGGUAGCUGCGGAGAAGUCGUAUCUGUCUAUCGCUCCGACGUGGAGGACGUCAGAGCUGCGCCGGGAUCAAAUCUGCCGUCAGUGUGUCAGUUAGUAUUCAAAUCCGCGCUCGCCCCAGUGUCGCUCAAAAUGGAGUUUCACGAGACGAAUCUGAUCAGUAUUCGGUCGAUCCUGAGACUUUACGAUGGAGAUAAUGUGAAGAGUCCACUUUUAAUGACACUGAACAGUACCACAGAUAUGCCCAGCGAACCCAUCCUGACGUCGGGCGUUUUUCUUUUGGUGCAUUACAGUCGUGACUCAAGAUCGUUAGACUCGCUUCACUUUACUGUUCGCCAAGGCACCCCUUAUAAAACUGGCCAGGCGUUCCACGCUGCUGCUGUGUUGGGAGGCAUGUCGGCCACUUUGGUGGUGUUUCUGAUCAUCACAGCGGGUCUAUGCACCUACUUUCCUCAACGUGCCGCAGAGCGAAGACUAAUGGAACAACGAAGAGCGCAGGCAACAGAGCAAGCCCAUCGUCAAAACCAGGAGCAUGUUAUACGCAGUUACGUCAUAGCUCCGCCCCCUGCCUACAGCGACUUGGACUUUCCGGAUCCGUCUUCUCUUGCUCAACUACCCACUUAUAGUGACAUUGAAGCAAAUCCUCAAGCAUAUUUGGUAGUGAUGCCUCUUCCCUAUGGUUUUAUCCCACGGCCGACGAGUGCAGACAACCACUGUGAUAGUGCACAAGGCAUUGACCAUGAUGCUUCUACGUCAUGCAAAUCCACGUGACGAACGGAAGUGACGACAUGAUGUGAAGAGAGAGAGAGAGAAACAGAGAGAGGCAGCAUUCACAACAGAUGAUCCCCAGAUUUACCAGUCCGAGGAUCAAAUAUUGCCAACUCCACUUGAAAGCAAUGCCGAUUAAUCCCCUAAUGGUCUCCCGCCUACCAAAUGCGCCAUCCCCGCAGGGGUCUAGCAAUCAAAACCAUUUUAAUUUAGCUUUAAUUGUUAGGCCUCUACAAGGAUGGCUCAUGUGGUAGGCAAGAGACCAUUAAAGGUUAAUCGGCAUUGCUUUAAAGUAUGGUCCACCAUAUUUGAUCCACGGACUAGUCUGUCCGAGGGUCCUCUGUGGUGAAUGGGACCAGAGAGAGCAGAAAGAGGAAUUUUAAAUUUAAAUAAGGGACAGAUAUUUUUUCAAAAGAGUGAAGUGCAGACUAACAUGGGUCUGCACUUAUGGAACACAUUAUUUUCAAGAUAGAUAUGUGCUUUUAUGGAAAAUUUGACUGUGGACAAUCUAAUUAAAACAAAGCAAGGGGGGUAUGGAGAGAUACCAUUAUUAUAUGGGGAUACUGGGUUCACUUCUCAUCAUGGGCUUUGGAGGACAUAAGAAUCGAGUUAGGGUGCAUUCCCAAUUAAACUAUCAAUCUAUACAUAGAUUGUGACUCUGAAUGCAAAUCAGCUUAAUUGAAUGACAAGCCUCUUCAGCAGCAAGGGGGUUAUUGAUUUUGUGUGAAAAUAUUUUUCUUAGAAGCUGAACACACACAAAAAUUAAUCACUCCUUAGAUGUUGAGAAAAUGUCAUUCAGUUAUUCUUGACUGCAUUCAGCAAGGGUCCCUGCAAAAUUGGAUCGAUUUAAAACAAGUUUCGUUGGAUUAUGAAACAGUCACUUUGAAAUGCAGGAUAUAACCUCCAUCACUGCAAAAUAUUCAAGGUCUCAACCUUUUCAGAAGUAUGCUUGUGUUGAAGGGAAUAUCCAACAUUUGACAAGAAUGUAUGUAUCCAUGUAUUAUAUAAAAUAGAGCUUUCUCUAAAGUGAUCCUUAAAAAAUGAUAGAUACAAUUCAAAUCACUCAGUCAAUUUUAUUCUGCAGUUAAAGAAACAGUUACAAAUACAAAGAGUGACUGUAACAUACAUAAGAGACUGGACGUGCACAUGGUAAAGUUACGUCAUAUCGUGUGACGUCAUGGUCACCAUGUUACUGUCAAGACUGUUGCAUGUUGGAAGAUACUGGCCUACUAAGUUGGACGCUAUAAUUCAAUCAUUUAUCACUUGGAAUAAACUGAUGUUAAAACAAAGCAACUAUGGUAUACAAGUCCUGUCCUUUAUGUGUGGGUGAUGUAUAUUUAUCGUAAAAUAUGAAAUAAUGGAUAUUCAACACCUUGUAAUGCUUCCAGUAGUCAUUUGUAUAGAGUUAAUUUUUUUAAUACUUGAUAGAGCUGUUCCUGAAUUUCUCAGGAACUAUCUUGAGUUGAGCUUUUUCUUCACUACUUUUUCUAAUAAAUAUUAUUCCAUAGAUAACAAUUCUAACUGUUAUGGAAAAUUGAUAAGAAAUGACACUUUUCAAUCGAAAAAUAUACACACCCAUAAAGCCAACAAAAGUUUAUGAAGCAUUUUUACAAGUAUUUGAACAAAGUAAUGAAUAGGUAAACUCUAUGUAAAGAGAAAGAUUUAGAUAAACAUACAAAGAAAAAAACAACUGAAUCUGAUCAUUGCUGAUUACAUAUUUUUGUACCCUGGUGCCGAUUCAAAAUAUACAAAUACCGGCUUGAAAUACCAGCAAUACCGAGUUAUAAUCAAGUCCAUAAUUAUAUCCAAUAAACAAAGUAUACAAAGAUGAUAUCAACUGUAGCAAAACCACUACUAAUUUAAUGUAAAUGCAGAAAUUUAAUUUCAUCAUUCGUUGUUUCAUCAUUUCUAUCCCUUCAAAAGGAACUAUUUUAAUAUUUGUUCAUGAUUUACAAUCAAUUGUCAACCUUUUUCAUUAUUAGUAAAAAUCUAUAAUUUUGCUACUUCUUUGUAAGAGGAUCACAACAGCUGUCAUAUAUAUAUAUAUAUAGUAAAGUGUGCUGCAGGUUGCCAAACCACCAAUUAUAAGAAGAGUAGUUGCAUAGUUAUCCAGUGGUUUGUAUCUAGAGGAUGAUUCAGGCAUUCAGCCACACCAAAAUUCAGUACGUAUAUCUCUAUAUAUUUUUAUACAUAUAUUGGAUUCUUUUUUAGUACAGUCUAAAGCAUUAACAGCCAAGAAAAAAAAAGUAGCAAUUAAUUGAGGCAAUGACUACAUUCCCCAACUGAAAAACUGUAUGUAAUAUACUGUAACUCAUUUUUUUUUUACUUUUUCACAAAAAUGUCUUUAUGUCUUGCAGACCAUAUCAUCCUCAGAUAAUAAUACCCACCACAGCAAUAAAAUGAAGCUGACCUUUAGGUUGAUGCACUUAAUCAAUGUAAUCCCCACUAUGUUCCUUCACCAACACAAAAUUAAUGUAAUAGUAUAAUCACUUAAAACUACAUCUAUACUAAAAGUUUGAAUAAACUACAUUAAAUGAACAUACACCUUAGCUAAUUUUAACAUUUGCUUUAAGCUUCAUUCCAACUUUUCUACGCAAUUAAAACAGUUGGACUUCAUCAACACUCUGUGCACAUUGUUCCAUGACAUCAUUAAUGUAUGUGUAUUACAUCAUUAAUAAUGCAUAUUACAUCAUCAAAAAAUGAGCACUACUCAUCACACAGCACUUCACUACAUAUUGCCUCAGGCAAAUAGAUCAUCAACAAAAUAUACACAAAUCACCUUCUAGUGCUUGCCCUUCGUCAAUUUUGUGACACUAUGUCACAAGUUUGCAUAGAUCUCUCCCCCACCAGAUCACGCUAUAUACAAGUAUUAAAUUCAUUUAAAAAUGCUGUUAAUUGAUACAUAUUUUCUCUGCUGGAUUAAAAGUUGCAGUUUAUUAGGAAUGAUAAACAAAGGAAGAUAACUAUGAGAAAAAAAUAAUAUAUAUAUAUAAUCAUAAUCUUCCUUUUGGUCCUCUUGGGUUAUUUCUACUGUACUGACAUAUCUAAAUCAUCUCAUUCAUACAGGCCUGAGCCGCUAUACCAUAUAGUGUAUGUGAUAAUACUAGUCUUGCCUGUUACAACCCAGCUUCACAAUAUGGUUUACCUUAAAAUUAAGUGCCAAAUAUACAAAGCAAAAGCAGAUGAACAAAGUGAUUGGACAGAAAGGCAAUGUGCACACACUACUACUUUGUCCCACCAGCAGUAUUACAGAUUAUGUACAGCAAUAUUAUUUCAUGGUAAGAAAAAGGCACUUUCCUAGUAUGGUCCUGGAUAUAUAUUAAUGUGUGUGUGUGUGUGUGUGUGUGUGUGUGUGUGUGUGUGUGACAUACUUGUGUGCUUAUUUAAUCAAUCUAUACAUAUUAGCCCCUAACUAGCUUUACAUUAUAUUAUAAUAAUUAGAAGUUAUAUGUAAUUUAUUUUAGCUUAACUAUAAAGCUUGCAUAAAAUAUCAGUAAAUAAAAUGUGCCUAAGAGAUAAAUACGCAUAUCUGCCAGUACUUAAGAAAAUAUUUUAGACUGCCAUACUUGUGACCUCAUAUUCUUUCUUUCUACAGUAAAUUUUUCAUGAUUAUAUGGUGAAUCAUAACAAAAAUUAACAGUUGAAUUUGGUCCCUCUGAAGAACUGGGUCGUUGCCAAUGAAAUGGAAUUGGAUGGAAAUAAUGUCUUCAGGAAUGUUAUGUUUUAUAUUUAUAUAUACAUAUAUUCAAAUAUCGGAAAGCAGAUGGAAAAGGUACCUUUCACAAGGAAAGGCAACACUGGAAUAAAAACUCUCAGAACCCAUCUGUGCUCAAAGACUGCUCACAACAACAACAACAACAAAAUAUUAUUUGCUUAGGAUUUACUGGCCUUUUCUGAAAAUGUAUUUGAGAGAGAGAGAGAGAGAAAGAGUUACCUCAACUAAGAAGCAAUCUGUAAGGCCACCCUUUUAAGACAACUGUUUUGCAUCCUACCAACAUUUUUUCAUAAGAUUAACCUUGGUUUUCACACCUAAAUUUUGACAUCGGAUUUUUGGGGAAAUGACCCAUGUUUAUAAAGAUAAAAAAGAAUAUAAGGCCCAAAAAAUAAUGUCUCCAUACAUGAAAACUAAGACCAAUUGAAAAUAUUUGCCUUUCAAAAAUGUAAAUACUUCAGCUAUCUGCAAGCCAAAGUACCAAUAUGUCACUUCUGAGACUUGUUGUUAUCUUUUAAUUGUUAUGUUACAGAAACAAUUUUAUAGUAACAAUUUAUAACACUGCAUCCAUUGGCCUGUAGAAAAUGCUAAAAACUGGGUGACCUAAGCUGUUAUAAACAUGUCACAUGUUAGUCCAGUAUGUCUGUAAUAGGCACUGAAUAUUAGGUUUGGUUAGCCUGAAUCAGUAUUAAAAGAGGUCAGCAGUCCUAAUUCUAAAUUUACUGGCAAUAUGCAGCAUCAUAACAUAGUCAUGAUGCAGUCUCCAACUUUUUUUUUUAUUCAGCAUAAGCUGUGUUGUGUGUACUGAUGUCAGUAGAUUGGUACUCAUUUACUGUCAGGGUUAACAUGAUCAUAUGGUCACUACCAAAUACAGUCUUUAAGAGCAUUCUUGAAUUUGCCCAAGUUUGAUACUUAAAAGGUACCACUGAUGGCAGUUUAAAGCCUGCUUGAUUAUCAUACAAUAGUAACAUUCAUUUCAUUAAACCUAUUAAGCAAGAAAAUAGUUCUUCAGGUUAUGUAUAUCAGUCCAUAACUUAUAAUCUAAAUGAUAGCUUUAGCAUUGUGCUUAUAUGCCUAUAUAUGAUAUAUAUGUAAUACUAUUGUAAGUAAAUGUCUCUACUGGCCUUUUCUCAAGUACCGCUGGCCAUUCCAUUUUUCUGAUCCAUCAUAUUACCUGCAACAUGAGCAAGGGGCCCAAAAAAAUGUUCGAUGUCUGCCAAAGGAUACUUCGGUAUCCUUGCUUUAAAAGUCCACAGCAUGUGAUAUGAAUGACACUUCACUUUUCCAGCAAGAUCAGUCUUGAUAACUUCCACCAAGCA